AUGCCCGAGACCUCCGCCCCCAGCAGCAGCGUCCACGAGGACGAGGUGACGCCGUCGCCCAGCACCGUGGGCAACACGUUCAUGCGCCAGUACUACCACUUCCUGGCCAAGGAGCCGCAGAGCCUGCACCGCUUCUACAAGGCCGAGAGCCGCUGGUGCCACGGCCUGGGCUCGCACAUGGAGGAGCCCAUCGCCGGCCAGCGCGCCAUCAACGACCAGAUCCUCAAGCGCGGCUACGCGGGCGCGCGCGUGGACCUGGACGCAGGCUCCAUCGACUGCCAGAACUCGCUGGGCGGCGGCGUGUUCGUGCUCGUCACGGGCGUCAUGACGCUGCGCAGCAGCCCCGUGCCCAAGCCCUUCGUGCAGACCUUCUUCUUGGCCGUGCAGCCCAAGGGCUACUUCGUGCUCAACGACUGCCUGCGCUUCCUGGAGCUUCCCGGUGCGUCGCCCGUCGAGAAGACCAAGGAGGACCAGAAGAAGCAGCAGCAGCAGCAGAAGGACGAGCUCGUCUCGUCCUCGCCCGUGCCCGCCUCCCCCAAGAAGGCGGCGGCGUCUUCCCCCGUCAAGGCUGCGGCCACCAAGACAACGACCACAACAACGACCAAGAAGGUGGUGAAGGAGGCGGCCGCGCCCACGUCGCCCGUCAAGGCCACAGCCACCGUCGCCUCGUCUCCUGUCAAGAAGACGACCACGACGACCACCACCACGACCACCAAGCCCAAGGAGGAGGACGCCAAGGUCAAGACGCCGUCGCCCGUCAAGUCCCCGGCCAAGUCGCCCGUUAAGUCGCCCAAGAAGCAGGAGAAGGCUCCGGCCGCCGCUGCGUCGCCUGCCCCUGCUGCUGCCCCCACGGCGGCUCCGGCCGACCCGGUGAUCCCGGCCCCUGCUGAGCCCGAGAAGCCCAAGACGUGGGCCGCGUUGUUCUCGGCCUCGAAGGCUGUGGCGACCAUCACGCCCCCUGCUGCUGCCGCUCCUGCGGCGCCUGUGAAGCCGGCCACCCCCAAGCCCGCUGCUGCCCCCGCGGCGGCUCCUGCUCCUGCUGCGAUCGCUCCUGCUACUGGCGCCCCGGCCCCUGAGAAGUCGCCCAAGAGCAAGGCGGGCAACGGCAAGGAGAAGGAGCACAAGCGCCUGUACAGCCUCUUCAUCCGCGACGUGCCGACGCAGGCGCGUGAGAACGACCUGCGCGAGCUGUUCAAGGGCUACGGCUCGAUCGCUGGCGUGAGCAUCCCCGGACAGCGUGGUUUCGGCUUCGUGGACUUUCACGAGCAGGAGAGUAUGCGUGCCGCGCUGGCUGAGACCAAGGAGUUCAAGCUGUUCGAGAAGGUGCUGCAGGUGGGCGAGCGCGCCGAGCGCAAGGAGGGACAGCGCGGCGGUUUCCGCGGCAAUGACUCUCGUGGCCGUGGCCGUGGUCACGGCCCCAAGGGUGGUCGCGGCGAGCGCAAGGAGCGCAACGGUGACGAGGCCCCCAAGAGCGACCGUCGCGAGGGUGCCCGUCGCGAGAAGACCGGCAGCCGCCGCGGUGGCAAGGUGGACGGCGCGUCGGACAACCGAGCGGAGUAA